AUGGCCUGGAUCUCGCGACCUAGUCCCCCGGCUUCAUACUCGUGCCCUUGCUCCCUGGGUCCUAUACCUAACACAGCUUAUGCCUCCCUCAACCAUGGGCCCGUGCUCUCGUGUCCCCCACAGAUCUAUAUCCUCAGCCCUAGACCUCCGCUGAUCCUAGGAUGCCAGCGUUCCCAGGAUCCGGACGAGGCCCCUGCCAAAGCAGUUGAACAAACUGCAUUCAACGACGAUUUGCGCAAUGCUGGAUUACCGCAACCCAGCAACUUCCCCGCCGAAGAGAUCCAGGCUCACAUUGGGAAAGUCUAG